AUGCGCAGACGCAUGGCACGAGCGUUUGCAGAGCGUUUGCUUCCUCGCUUGGUUGAUAUUGUGGUAACUGACACAAACUCUACUCUUCAGUCUCAACAAGACAAAUCUGCACACAGAAGAUAUUCUCAAAGUGCUUUUACGAGCAAGCAAAUCUAUUUGACAGGUGAAGAAAACAAGGAAAAGAUGAGUGCCAAUUCGGAGUGGGUGUCUUGGUACGACAAGCCGCACAAGCGACAGUCCGCCGCCGCUCCAGAGAAAACGUCAACUCUCGGCGCAGACGAGAAGGAUGCGUCCAUCACCGACCCCAGCACCGUCAACCUCCAGUCCGGCGUCUUCAACAAGGUUGCCAGCACCUUUACGCAGCUCUUUAGUCACAAGCGGUCUCAUCUAACUCGCAACCAGACCCAGACCCGUCUUGGCUGGACCACCACCGGCGAGCUAGGCGUGCUACGUCAAGAGCAGGACGCGCAGUACGAGUUCAUGGAAGAGCUAGAGCAAAAGAUUAAGGACCUCAAGAAGGAGGUGGAGCAGCUAAAGGGCCUGGUCAAGGCAUACGAGGCCAAGAUGGAGCGCAACGACGACCUUUUGCAGCACUGCAUGCACUGGAUCACGAUGGCGCAAGUCUUUGGCGACGUGCCCGUGGCGAAGGACCGGAUGGGGUGGAAGCCUGGCCGGGACGCGGCACUAGAGGGCAGCAGUGAGGACGGCAGUGAGGAUGGAGAUGAGGGAGACAACAAUCUAGUUUGGUAA